AGAAAGGUACUUAUAGUUAAAUUACUCGUAAACUGAAUCGCAUACCCAAAUAUUGUUGCCUCAAAUUUAAGCUUAAAACUUCAAAAAAUCGCCGCUUCCCAACAAAUGAGGGUUCCCUUUUCCAUCGAUUCGCUUCUCACCUGAUCGCACCGCAACCUUCACAACACAGUUCCAUUUCUCUUCUUUCUCCUAUUUAAGCAAUUUUUCAAGAAAGGUAUGAUGAAAGAAAAUUUCAAUGGCAAGUGUGGAUCUUCUUCUCAUAAAUCUAUGAAAGAGAAGGAGAAAUACCUGGUGGAUAAGAUUCAAGGGAUUUUCUCAAAUAUUCAAUUGGCGAGAAAGGAAAGCAGGGCUAAUGACAUUGUGAUCUUCGAGGAGCAGAUGCAUCAGUUGCUUCGAGAGUGGCAGGCGGAACUGGAAUCUCCAGCUACCUCGUUAGCUGAUGGGAGCCUUGGUUCAUUUACCGGGGAUCUAGCUCAACUGUUGCAAGCAAUUGAGGAGAAAGAUGAUGCAACAAGUCCAUUAACAAAACUUGUGCCUUUGAAGAAUGAUCUUCAUCAAAAUAACAUUAGUGAUAGCAAUUAUCCGUUUUUUCAGGAGAAAUGUUUUAAUAAUAACCAGACACUAGAUCAUACUUUUGAGGGCUCUGCUUCAACUCUGUUCAACAAUCCUUUAAAUAGCUCAGACAUGGCUCAGUUGCAUUAUCAUCCGUUCAGUUUAAAUCAAGAUAUGGAUCACAACACUGUAGGUCACAACUCUGAUUUGAUUGGUCAGUUUGAUUUUUAUCAUCAGGACCUCAGCCUCGGGCACAACACAGAAAUAAAAAACUCAGAAUCAGCUCAAUUUACUUUUGAUGAAGGCUUUGAUUGUAGCCAAUUUUUAAGAGAUGACGACACUGCACAAUUCGGAGAGAAUCAUAUACCUAACAUCCUUCCAAGUAUCCGCCCUCCACCUUCUGCUUUUCGAGGCCCAAAAUGUGCACUGUGGGACUGUUUCAGACCUGCUCAAGGGUUAGAAGGGUGUCAGGACUACUGUAGUAGUUGUCAUGAGCUUUUGGCAAAUAAUGAGGGUCUCCCCGGCAUGACUCCGAUUUUGCGACCUUACGGCAUUGAUGUAAAAGAUGGUCCUUUGUUUGCUGCUGUUCUUGCAAAGACGCAGGGAAAAGAAGUGGGCAUCCCUAAGUGUGAAGGUGCUGCUUCAACGAAAGCCCCCUGGAAUGCUUCCGAGUUCUUUGACCUUUCUUUCCUUGACGGUGAAACUGUUAGGGAGUGGCUCUUCUUUGACAAGCCUAGAAGGGCGUUUGACAGUGGAAAUAGAAAACAAAGAUCUCUUCCCGAUUACAGCGGGCGUGGUUGGCAUGAAUCAAGGAAGCAGGUGAUGAAGGAACAUGGUGGACAAAAGAGAUCUUAUUACAUGGACCCCCAGCCUCUUAGUUAUCUUGAGUGGCAUUUGUUUGAGUAUGAAAUCAAUAACCAUGAUGGUUGUGCAUUAUACAGACUAGAAUUAAAGCUUGUAGAUAAAAAGAAAAGUCCUAAAGGAAAAGUGACUAAGGAAUCUCUUACUGAUUUACAAAACAAGAUGGGAAAGUUAACUGCGGCUUUUCCUUCGUCAGAUGAUGGAAACCCUGUCAAGGGAAAAACUGAUGCCAAAUCUGAGGAUAUUGGGCCACCUGAAAAUUAAAUAAAUAUAAAGUUACUUUGUUGGAGGAUUUUUGCCACAAAUGACUGACCAACUUGUACAUAUUUGAGGAUGGACUCCAGCUUGUGGAAAUGUCUUAACAUUUCUUGUUAUGGUAGGUGCUCAUAUUCUUCUAUGGAGUUAAUUUUUUGAUAUUCUGCUUUUGGAUAUUGGCAUUGUGCUGAUAAGAAACCCAUUAUGUGCUGGGUGGUUUAAAAGUUAAAUCUAUCAUAUCAUUUAUGAGGAAGAUGCUGCACUUUUUGAUGGAUCAAUAGUAGUUUCCCUUAUUUGCUAUUUCACCUAAAAUUUAUGCUGGGUCAAUACAAGUUUCUGUAUAGAUAAAUUAUGCUGAUACUUUCCCUUCUGUUGAUGGGACAUUUAUAUUACUGCUUCGGUCUUGUGCAUUAGUUUGGAGGACUAUGUGGACAUGAAGAGAACAAACUUUGAAUUUACUAUCGAUUUGAUUUUUCCUCGUUAUAAUUGACCUUUUCACUUGUACUUUCUUCUCAGAAAAUAAGAAUGUUCCAUGCUGAAAA